AUGGAGUUCAGUCGCAGAAGCUUGCACAGAAGCCUGAGCUCCUCCUUGCAGGGUCCUGCACUCAGCACAAGCACCAGGGGCAUGCAGCGCCUCAGGGCUGCACCCAGCGUCUAUGGGGGUGCUGGAGGCCUGGGCACCCGCAUCUCUACCUCCCGACCCAUGGUGGGCUAUGGGAGUGAUCUCGCCAGUGGCAGGAACCUGUUUGCUGGCAGUGAGAAGAUGACCAUGCAGAACCUAAAUGACCGUCUAGCAAGCUACCUGGAAAAGGUGCGGUCUCUGGAGCAGGCCAACUCCGCACUCGAAGUGCAGGUCAAGCAGUGGUACCAAACUAACACGCCUAGUGCCAGUCGGGACUACAGUGCAUACUACAAACAGAUCGAAGAGCUGCAAAAUCAGAUUAAGAAUGCUCAAUUGCAAAAUGCUCGGUACAUCCUGCAGAUUGACAACGCCAAACUGGCUGCUGAGGACUUUAGACUCAAGUAUGAGACGGAGAGGGGGAUGCGCCUAACGGUGGAAACCGAUCUCCAAGGCCUGAAUAAGGUCUUUGACGAUCUAACCUUAAGUAAGUCAGACUUGGAGAUUCAAAUUGAAGACCUGAGUAGAGACCUGGCUGUCAUCAAAAAAGAGCAUCAGGAGGAAGUCGACGGCCUACACAGGCAUCUGGGCAACACGGUUAACGUGGAGGUGGAUGCGGCUCCGGGCCUAAACCUUGGAGUCGUCAUGAAUGAAAUGAGGCAGAAAUACGACGUCUUGGCCCAGAAGAACCUUCAAGAGGCCAAAGAACAGUUUGAGAGACAGACUGAAGCUCUGCAGCAGCAAGUCACAGUGAACACUGAAGAGUUAGAAGCAACUGAGUUUCAACUCACAGAGCUGAGACGCACCUCCCAGAGCCUAGAGAUAGAACUCCAGUCGCACCUCAGUACGAAAGAGUCUUUGGAGCGCACCCUGGAGGAGACCAAAGCCCGCUAUGGUGCCCAGCUGGCCAACCUCCAGGCACGACUGAGCUCUCUGGAGGCCCAGCUGAUACAAAUUCGUAGUGACUCAGAACACCAGAGUGCCGAAUACAAUAUUCUUCUUGACAUAAAAACCAGGCUUGAGCAGGAAAUUGCUACUUACCGCCGCCUUCUGGAAGGAGAAGAUGUCGACGGAACUACAGAAUAUCAGUUAAGCAACCUGCAAGAGAGAGAUACAAAGAAAACCAAGAGGAUCAAGACAAUCGUACAAGAAGUGGUGGACGGCAAGGUCAUGUCAUCUGAAGUCAAAGAGGUGGAAGAAAACAUAUAA